CCCAGAAUAGCAACAGCCCGUGUCACAGCAAAGGGCAAAGCCUUCUGAAAUAGCAACAAAGUUGUUCACGAACCACUUUGUGGUUUGCAUUUGGUUUCAGCCAGCUUCAGGAACUUGUUGCCAUGAGAAAAACAAUCUGCCCUUUCCCUGCCGGCCGGGGAAGGAGCACAGCCACGGUGUGAAGUGCUCCCGCCCAAGGUGCUCGGGGGCAGUGAUGGCACCUGGGCAGGGCACGGAGGAGCUCAGCCAGCGCAGCCAGACGCUGAGCGCGGGCGAGGAUGAGGAGCGCAGCCGGGGCUGCAGCCGCUCCCGGCUCCCGGCGGCCGCAGGUUGUGGGACAUUCACCUUUCUAUCUUCUGCCAUUGCUGCCAUAAGUGGACUUCUGAUGGGCUAUGAGUUGGGCCUUAUUUCCGGAGCUCUUCUUCAGAUGAGCAGCAUUUUAAUGCUCUCUUGCAAAGAGCAGGAAGUCAUUGUAAGUUCCCUGCUUUUUGGGGCCUUGUUUGCAUCCCUUACUGGUGGAUUUCUUAUAGACAGAUUUGGAAGGAGACUUGCUAUUAUUAUUGCAUCUUCUUUGCUUGUGGUGGGGAGUCUGAUUUUGCUGCCCUAUGAGUCAUACAAGAUACUCAUUGUGGGCCGGAUGGCCAUAGGUGUUUCCAUAUCAUUGUCAUCGAUUGCGACGUGCGUGUAUAUCGCUGAGAUCGCCCCACAGCACAGAAGAGGCCUCCUGGUAUCUUUAAAUGAACUCAUGAUUGUGAUGGGCAUUCUCUUUGCCUAUAUUUCAAAUUAUGCAUUUGCCAGCAUAUCUCGUGGCUGGAAGUACAUGUUUGGCCUCGUGAUUCCCUUAGGUGCUUUGCAAGCUGUUGCCAUGUACUUCCUUCCACCAAGCCCUCGAUUUCUUGUGAUGAAAAAUAACGAUGAAGCGGCGAGAAGAGUACUGGAGAGGCUACGGGAAACAUCAGAUGCUACUAAAGAACUUACUGUGAUUAAGUCUUCCCUGAAAGAUGAACAUCAGUAUAGCUUCUUGGACCUGUUUCGUUCAAAAAACAACAUGAGGGCCCGAAUGCUGGUAGGACUCACUCUAGUGUUUUUUGUGCAAACAACUGGGCAACCCAACAUUUUAUUUUAUGCAUCAACUGUUUUGAAGUCAGUUGGGUUCCAGAGCAAUGAAGCUGCCAGCUUGGCUUCUACUGGAGUUGGAGUGGUUAAAGUGGUCAGCACAGUCCCAGCCACGUUUUUUGUGGAUCAAGUUGGAAGUAAAACCUUUCUGUGUAUUGGCUCUUCUGUUAUGGCAAUAUCGCUGGUCACUAUGGGCUUAGUGAACCAUAACAUACAUGUGAAUUUCACCAAGGUCUGUAGAAGCCAGUCUCCAGAGGAUUUCCCUCUCCAGAGACCAGGAAACUUCACUGUCACCAAUGGGAGUCUCGAGGACCUCUUUACUAGCAUUACUUCAACAGAAGGAUUGUCACUUGAUGUACAAAGCCUAGAUGUUGCCAGGACAGGAGAACUGAACAGCACCGCCCUGGCAGGAGGCAAAAGCAUGACGGGGUCUCACAUAGAAAGUGGGGAGGUUCCUGUUGUCCUGAAAUGGCUCUCACUGGCCAGCCUGCUUGUCUAUGUUGCAGCAUUUUCCAUAGGUCUUGGACCAAUGUCCUGGUUGGUCCUGAGUGAAAUUUUCCCCGGUGGGAUCAGAGGACGUGCCAUGGCUUUGACAUCUAGCAUGAACUGGGGUAUAAAUCUCCUCAUCUCCUUGACGUUUUUGACUGUAACUGAGCUCAUUGGCUUGUCCUGGGUGUGCUUCAUUUACACAAUAAUGAGCCUAGCAUCACUGGCUUUUGUUAUCAUGUUUAUACCAGAGACAAAAGGAUGCUCUUUGGAGCAAAUAUCCAUGGAACUAGCUAAACAGAAAUACGUGAGGACGCCCUUGUGCCGGGUGAGCCAGCGCGGAGAGAAACUGGUGCCGGUGGAGCUUGACAAGAGGGAGAAAGAGCAGCUCUACUAGACGCGGGGCAAGCAAAGCAGCCUUCACCAAAAGACCAAUUAAAGAAAGAAAAAUGCUGUGUGAUGCUCACGCUCUUACGGGAUGUGCGGUAUCGUUACUAUACACAAGAUAUUCUCUUUUACAUUUCUUGGUAGAACUUCUUUCAGUGGCAGUUUACAGCCAACAUUAAAGGUUGAUAUAGUUUAUAACUAA